AUGGCCCCGCUGUGCGAAAACAGCACCUUGAGCUCUGAGUUUAUUAUAUUGGGCUUUGGGGACCUGGCUGAAUUACAAAUCUGCUUCUUCGGACUCUUUCUAGUCCUGCAUCUUGUCACCCUAGCCGGGCACACGGCUACUGUGUUCAUCACCCUCUUGGACCCCUGCCUCCAGACCCCUAUGUAUUUCUUCCUUCGCCAUCUGUCUGCCAUUGAAAUCUGCUAUGUACUGGUCAUUGUCCCCAACAUGCUGGCCAGUUUCCUGUCCGGGAGCCAGCGGAUGCCCUUCCUGGGCUGCGCCCUGCAAAUGCAUCUCUUCAUCGCCCUGGGUGGCGCAGAGUGUUUCCUCCUGGCCGUGAUGGCCUACGACCGCUUUGUGGCCAUCUGCAAGCCCCUGCACUACACAGCCAUCAUCACGAGGACCCUGUGUCUGCAGAUGCUGGCUCUCGUGUGCGUCAGCGGCUUUGCGCUCUCCCUCACCCUCACCACACUGAUAUUCCUCCUACCCUUUUGCCAGUCACAUGAGAUCAAUCAUUUCUUUUGUGACAUCCCCGCUGUGCUCUUCCUGGCCUGCUCAGACACGCGGGCCAAUGAGAUCGCAGUCUUCCUCGUGUGCCUGCUCAUCCUGUUGAUUCCCUUCCUGCUGAUCCUGCUCUCCUACGGGUUCAUUAUCACUGCUAUCCUCAGCAUCCACUCAGCUGAGGGCAGGAGCAAAGCCUUCUCCACCUGUGCUGGGCACCUGCUGGUCUCCCUUCUGCACUACGGCUGUGCGAUAUUCAUCUACAUUCGCCCCAAGUCAUGCUAUGCCCCGGAGCAGGACAAAAUUGUGUCCUUAAUCUACACCAAUGUCACUCCCAUGCUCUACCCUAUGAUCUAUAGUCUGAGAAACAAGGAAGUCAAGGGUGCCCUCAAGAGACUCCUGGAGAGCCACGACCAGAUGAGAUGGGGCAGCUCUGGGGUGUCAGUGAUUGUUUCACCGUCCCUUCACAACGACAACACCCAGCGUGUGCAGCGGACGAGAAGAGAUGACCUGCACAAAGCAUUAAAGCAGCUGCUUCACCGGGCACAUAGUAGGUGUUCAGUGAGCACUAACUGGACGCUGAUCCGCCACGAGCUCUGGCAUAGGAAUAGCUUCAACAUCCCGCUGAGCGUCUGUGAUGCAGGGACUCAGUUCAGGCAAGAAAGUGUUUGCUGA